CCUGCCCGGCCCGCGGGCGGCGGGAAGCGCCGGGAGCCGCCGGCCCCAUCCCAUGGAGUCCCGGCUGUUCGCCUGGGGUGCAAACAGCUAUGGACAACUUGGUCUUGGUCAUAAAGAGGAUGUGCUGGUUCCUCAGGCCCUGGAAGAUUUUUCCUGCAAGUGUGAAGACAUUGCAAGCAUUGCUGGAGGAGGGGGACAUUCUGCAGUUGUCACUGGUGCAGGACAACUCUUUGUCUGUGGCCACAACAAAGAUGGGCAGCUGGGACUGAAUCACACAGAGGAUGUGCUGCGUUUUACUUUGUGCACUGCCCUGUCUGGCUUUUGUGUAAAACAAGUUGCAUGUGGCUGGGAUUUUACAAUCAUAUUAGUAGGAUCUGGCCUUGUGCUGUCCUGUGGGUCAAACUCUUUUGGACAGCUGGGACUUCCUCAAAUUUCAGGCCCAUGCUUGAUUCCACAAAAGAUUGAGUCUCUCAAAGAGAAUGUGAUGAAUGUUGCUGCAGGACUGAGACAUGCCCUUGCUGCUACAGACAGCGGUUUGGUGCUGCAGUGGGGCACUGGGAUGGCAUCUCAGGCAAGGCGUGCAAGCCAAGGAAAAGCUCUCCCUGUGUUCCUGACAGCCAAGGAGCCCUGUGAAGUGGCAGGCCUGGCAGAUGUAAAGGUGAAGGCAGUUGCUGCAGGCUCCUGUCAUUCCGUGUCCCUCACAGAUGAAGGACAUCUGUAUGUCUGGGGCAGCAACAAACACGGGCAGCUGGUGAGCAGGAAUAUCUUUCUUGCUGAGCCCAAGAAGAUUGACACUCAGUGUUUCUCACAUGAAAGGAUUGGAGCAGUCUGGAGUGGCUGGACCCACCUGGUGGCACGGACAGAAGCUGGCAAGGUGUUCACCUGGGGCAGAGUGGACUACGGGCAGCUUGGAAGGCACGCGGUGGUUCCCAGUGGGCAGCAGAGCACAGCAUCUGAACAGUGCUUGGAGCUGGGGAACACCCCUGUUUCAGUUCCUUGCCUAAAUGGAGCAUCUCAGAUCGCAUGUGGCUCAGAGCAUAAUCUGGCAAUAGUUGGUGGCCAGUGCUUCUCUUGGGGAUGGAAUGAACAUGGGAUGUGUGGUGAUGGCACAGAAGCAAAUGUUCAUGUCCCAAAGCCAGUCAAAGCUCUUGGCUGUGCAAAACAGAUCUUAAUUGGAUGUGGGGCAGGACACUCCAUGGCCCUCUGUCAAAACUCCUCACUGGACCCAGCACAUCUGGAAUCAUAACAUCAUGGAUGUGGGUGGACACCUUUGGAUUGUGUAGCUCAGAGGCACUACAGGGGAGCUGCCCAUGAUUAACAGUAGUUGGAAACUGCAGAUAUUUUUCCUAAAUCCUAAAGGAACGACUAUGCAUAAAAAGCUGUAAUAUUUUAAAAAUUGUUUCCUGGGCUCUUGCCACAGGAAUUGACUUUCUUACCUACAGAUAGAAUUACAGAUGUUCUGCCUUGAUGCAAUACAACUGAAGACAGAUUUACAUUUUCUUCUUCUUCUGAGAAGUCUUUGAGGAAGAAACUGACUGCUUAAUGGUUUACUGGUGUAUAAAUUCAAUCUGAGAAAGAUGCUUUUUGUUAUUGUAUCUUUACAUCAUGAAAUGUUUCACCUGCCAACUUCUACUGCAGUUGUGACCUCCCAGCAGCUCAAAAAAUUGUGUCACAGAGAAAUGCCAGUGAAAGUGGCUAGAUGCAUACACAGUUUUUAAGCAGAAGAUUAGGAGUAAAAGAAAAGAAGCAAUAUAAUUUAGAAGGCUGGCAAAAGGGGAAAAUGAGGCCCUUUUGAACUAGCUUUGUCUUGAUUAAACUGUGAAAGGAGCAGUAUUUUUCAUUGAUUAUUUUCUCUGCUGGACAUCAGUUUAUUGUAGAUUUACAGGGAUGCAGACCUGCAUAAGUUAUCAUUAACUUGCAAACUAAACCUGAAGUUUCUGAAGCUACUGCUUAGGGAAGGAAAAUUUCUAAGAGCUCUUAGAAACAUUUAAAAGGUUCCUAUCAAAGGGCAUAGGUCAGUUGUGGCUGCUGAGGACAGCUUGAUCCAAUGUAGCUCCUGUGUUUCCAUCUGCCUUGGAAUAGGAAGACAUCAAAAUCUAACCAGAAAGAUUUUACAAGUUCUCCAACCUAAAAGGCAGACCAGAAUGCUCCUGAUAAUUUCAGGUUAGUUCUCACUUCUGUUUUACAGCCCAGCUGAUUUGCUGUUCACAGCACGCCCACAGCACUUGUUCCAGGUGGGGGUUUGACAGAGAACGUAGGCCUAGCACUUGCAGGAGAAAGGAAAAAGUGUAAAAUGAGAUGUGUUUGCCUGUUAGUAGCAACAUUUUGGAAGCUAUUUAUAAAACUGAUUUUUUUCCAUACAAAUACAGUGGAUGCCAUUAAACUGGGUGUUUACCACCCACAAUACUUACAUUUGCUGUGGUAUUUAGCGUAUUUCAAGUUCUAAAUAUAGAGAAUUCUACUGUGUAGUAAAUGCACCUUUUAAUGAGACCUACUGUUGCUAAACAGUGGUUUAAUUUUUAAAGCAGGCUUGCCAAGGAAGAAACCUUACAGAAUUACAAAGUGCUCAGAGAAAGGCUCUUAGGAAAUAGGACAGGAAGACCUUCUAAUGAUGUAUCAGCUUACACAUGAAGGGGAAGGAAUUAAGGUGAUAAUAUGGGCUGCAUGGGUUUUUUCACCCUUGGUUUUACAGCAGUUAUAGUUCUUGGCUUCACUUUCAAGAGUAUUUUAUUUUUCUAUUCAACAGAUGAGAAACUUGAGCAGAGUAUGAAGCUGAUUUUAACUACUACAGAUAUCAAAAGAAUAAUCAAAUUAAUCCUCUGCAAAAUAUGUAGAAUUAAGAUUUCUGUUGUAAAAUGGAUUUUUUUUUAAAUCCAUGUGUUAGUUGUGGAUCUUCAUGGCAAUAUACUGUUCCAGGCUGUGACCUCUUGCACUUUUAAUUAUCUAAGUUGAUAUUUAUUGACUGUUCUCAAUGCCACUGUCUGGAUACCAAAGCUUCUCUAUUAUAUGCACUGAACAGUUUCUCGUGCUUUCUUUGACAGUCUUGUCUGAGGUUUCUAUUUGUGAUUUCUGCAAAAUCUGUCUACCAAAUAAACGUGUUCUCUUGCUUCAGUAAUCAUCUCCUCUAACUAAGUCUUUUCCUUGAUUAAUCACAGCCAAUAUGUGCCUUAUGUGAGGUUUACUGGACUAGACAUGUUGUGACUGUGUGUGCUGUAGCUGCAGUUCAUUGCAGAGGAGUCCAACAAAUUAUGUAACAAAUAAAUGUGAAUUGGGUAUUUGAAAUUAUUUUCAAUUUUUCAUGCCUGUAACAUGGACACACUUUUGGAAUGCAAGGAAUGAUUUGGGGUGAUAUGGUGAAGAAACAAAGGAGUAUGUCAGCUUGUUCCUGGUCCUGAUCUGGUGUUUCAUAUCUGCAUAUGAUCUUCAUCUUUGAAAGGCAAGAACUACGUUUUUCUCUCCUUUGUUGUGCCUAUAUAGCUUGAAGACUUUGGGGAGUAAUGACUUUUCUUGACGUAGUGAGUGCUUUGUCAUCAGUCAGGGCUUCUAGGCGCUGCUGUAGUACAGAGAGUGAAUAGAAUUCAUUGUAGAAGGUACAUGGCUGAAUGUCAAAACCACGUUGCUGCUCAUUCUUUCAGAAGUGAAUGCCCUGUUUUGUAUGUCAGUGGCUUUGUUUGCAGAAUAAAACACUGUACAAAAUCA